GUGAUGCAGUGGUCUACACUGUGACCCUGGAAGUGGAGGGGUAGAGGCCUGGAAAAGAAGCCUCUGGAGCCUAGAGCCAAAAUGCUCAACACAUUGUGGUCCCUGAGCCACACCAACUGCACCAGUCAGAGGGCGCAAGGCCCUAUACUAAAUCACGCACUCUGCAAGUUCUUAGACUUUGGUACCGCAUCCAGGCUGGCAGGAGGCUGUGCUCUUUGGUUCGCCUAUCUCGGGCUUCCCGCCCAGCCACGCGAACAGCGGAACCCACGCCCAGGGCGUGUCACGCCAUUACGCUGAACCUCCUUGCCUCGGCUUGUCAGUCCUGUCCGCUACCCUGGCAGGAAUCGAGCUUACACCGCGAAGCCUCCUCGCACCUCCAGACGUGGGAAUUGCAGGCCUGGACCUCAAACCCAAGCGUGUGUCCUCAUGACUUCUCUUGCGGACCAUGUCCAUGAUCCUCUUUGCCUGUGUGGUAAGGGUGAGGGACGGACUGCCCUUCUCGGCCUCCACUGACUUUUACCACACCCAAGAUUUUCUGGAAUGCAGGAGACGGCUCAAGACUUUAGCCUCGCGACUGGCCCAGUAUCCAGGUCGCGGUUCUGCACAAGGAUGUGACUUCAGUAUACAUUUUUCUUCUUCGGGGGAUGUGGCCUGCAUGGCUAUCUGCUCCCGCCAGUGUCCAGCAGCCAUGGCCUUCUGCUUCCUGGAGACCUUGUGGUGGGAAUUCACAGCUUCCUAUGACACCACCUGCAUUGGCCUCGCCUCCAGGCCGUAUGCCUUCCUUGAAUUUGACAGCAUCAUUCAGAAAGUGAAGUGGCAUUUUAACUAUGUAAGUUCCACUCAGAUGAAGAGCAGCUUAGAAAAAAUUCAAGAGGAACUCAAGUUCCAGCCUCCCACUGUUCUCACUCUGGAGGACACAGAUGUGGCAAAUGGGGUGAUGAAUGGUCACACACAGAUGCUCCUGGAGCCUGCUCCUACCUUCCGAAUGGAACCAGUGACAGCCCUGGGUGUCUUGUCCCUUAUUCUCAACAUCAUGUGUGCUGCUCUGAAUCUCAUUCGUGGAAUUCACCUUGCAGAACAUUCUUUACAGGUUGCCCAUGAGGAAAUUGGAAAUAUUCUGGCUUUUCUUAUUCCUUUUGUAGCCUGCAUUUUCCAGUGUUAUUUGUACCUGUUCUACAGUCCAGCCAGGACUACGAAGGUGGUGCUGAUGCUGCUCUUCAUUUGCCUGGGCAACGUGUACCUGCACGGGCUGCGGAACCUGUGGCAGAUCCUUUUCCACAUCGGAGUGGCUUUCCUGUCUUCACAUCAGAUACUGACGAGGCAGCUUCAGGAGAAGCAGUCCGACUGUGGAGUGUGAGGGUGACAGUGUGCGAGGAAUGGAUCCUUUGAUUUUCUUACGAGGGUCGGCCGUGUGUCCCUUUCGGCUUCUCGACUUCACCUCAAGUUUCCAUUCUCGAAGUUCAUCUUGACCAAACCCGACUGAUACCGAGACUUGGGGACUUUGAACGGGUGCAGUUGAGGGUACGAGGUCGCUUGACACCCAGCCCCGGUUUUGUGCUGAGUAUAAAUUCCUGUGGGACCUCCAGUUCGGCAUGUUUACUUAGGACAGCAGACGCUGGGGGCUCAUUCAGAGAGAGCGUUAUUACAAGAUCAGAAUGGAAUUAUUUUGGUCUUUCAAAUUGAAUGAUGUAAUAAACCACUAGGUUCAGUAAUACUAGUUUAUGUUAUUGGCAGUUGUCUCCAGGGAGCUACCUUAAAAUCCAUAUCAGCUUUUCAGUAUAAGUGUGACUUGGUUAGCUUUUAUAGUGGGUCAGUACAGGUGCAUUAAAAACUUAAAAACAUGGUUCAUAAGUGUAAGCAAGGUAAAUUCUGUUUACAUAUUUGAUAACAGGUCCAAUACAAUACCUUUAGAAUAUUGAAAUAUAUUUUGGAUAUAAAUUGAACUUGGUUUAGGGUAAGGACAGACAGAGAAAAUGGUUUAAAAGCUGAGUUUAAUUUGUACAUAACCUUUUAUGGUGGGACUGUGUGGGCACAGAAAUGUUUUGUAUUUAUUUGCAGGGCAUAUCUGAAUAUUUUAAAAGUUGAAUAGCCAGUGCUACUGGAUCGUAAGCUUUUAAGCAUGAACAGAAAUGAGACUAUCAGGAUUCUUUGCGGUGGGCCACGAACUGGAGUAGGUGAGUCACACAGAUUCACACAGCGGCACUUUUCAGACGUAGGUGGGAGAGGCCGCCGUCAUCAACCUUGUACAAGGUAGUCGAGUGCCUGCCAUUUUAAUGAUGGUGAAUGCUUGACCCGUGUACCUAUUCCCAGAACACCUCCCAAAUUAAUUACUCCUCUACACCUUUCUCAAUCAUCUUAAUUAGAUCAAGGGCUUCAUUUUUUAUGAAUAAGAGUUAAGUAGAUAUUAACUUUUUAAAAGCUUUAUGAAGAUAUAAUUAGACCUCUGAAAAGUUCCUUUUAUUUUUUCUCAACUAUGAUUGAUCAUAGUUUUCCAAAAUGUAGACCCGAAUCAGGUCCCUUAGCUCUCUGGACAUUGCAGCCUGGGCUGUCCGGCACCACUUAGGAGGCCUUUUUGGGAGCCUGCCCUUAGGUUGUUCCUGGUAUAAGUCUGGAAUAUGAAUGGCUCAACCACAAUUGCAUGGAAUACUUGGGGUUGAAUUAGGUAGUCUUGAAUAUUCAACUCAUCCUAUUUCGAUAGUUCUUCAAAGUUGAAAACCAUUGAUUGCAAGAGUUACUGAGCACAUGAGGGAAGCAAGGAGGUUUUUCAGGGAAUUCCGUUAGACGUGGUUGUUACCAGUGGUGUAUCGUUGCUGAGCUACCUUGGUAUCGUUUUAAGAAAAACAAGUUUAUGUAACUGGAAACCGUUGGGGGAAAUGUUGCCAAAGUCAUUUUAUUUUCUUAUAAUAGAAUUUUCUAUUUUUCAUCAAAUAAAAUAUCUGGGUAUGAAAGUUCUGUUGGCAACACCGUCA